GGGACAAGCGGCGCUCUGCCAUGUGCGACUGAUAGCUGCUCGAGACACACGCAGAGUGCGCCACAUCAGAGAGCGAGAGAGUGAGCGCAGCAGAUACGCUCUCAGCCAGAAGAGCAGCAGCAGCUGUACACGACGACACACAAAGGUCCAGAGAGGGAGACACAGAAAGUCAUCCGAUUUUCCUUUCCUUGAGGAAAAGAGAAGCGCGAGAAGGAGAAAACACUUAUUUUGCUUUACCUUCGGGGCAAAGAGCGUGAAGAUUGUGAGAGCAAGAAAGAUACACCCAAUGUACUUUCCCCUUGGACAAUUUAGAACAUGAGAAUAGCUCUCUAAUUUGAGUUUAAAUUUGCUGUUCUUCUGGGAAAUUCUGUAGGAGAUUGAAACCUCCGAUUGCUUUCCGGGCACAAUGUCAGUGUAAGGGGUGUAAAAGCAAUAUAGAGAUCCUCUGACUCCUCUCCCCCGGAACGACUCCGAGCUGGAGUGCUGUGUGUUUAGUUGAAACUGAAGCCGGACCUGAAUACGGGUACAGGAGCUAAACCAAGUGGACGUGGGUUCGUAGUGGUCCUAGUAUGGGGAUGUGUCCAUCAUGAGCCUGGUCUCAGUAGAGUUUCCCCCGUGCCGUACAUCUGUUGUCAGUCCUUUGGGCUUGGAUCAUGCUUCGUCCCUCCGGUUUCGCGCUGUCGCGGGGCUCCGGGGAAGGGGGUAUGUACCACCACCCCAGUCCUCUCCGCCUGCGCCUGAGCCCCUGGAUGUGGUCUCUGACUCUGGGAUGUAUAGCUGGGUCUGUGUGGAGCUCUUCUCCCAGGGGGAGGCAGGAUAACAGCGUGGCUGCCGCAGGACCUCAGGAGCAGGCUACGUCCUAUACCCACCCGGAGCAUCACCUCCACGGGACGCGGCAUCACUCAUCUGCACCCAUCUCUAUCUACCGCUCGCCAGCCUCUCUAAGGGGUGGCCAUGCUGGGAUGACUUAUAUCUUUGGGAAAGGAGGAGGCCUCAUUACGUUCAACUGGCCAGCCAACGAGAGGCCAAGCACGCGCACAGACAGACUGACCAUAGGGUUCAGUACUUCUCUAAAGGAUGGCAUCUUGGUCCGGAUAGACAGUGCUCCGGGUCUGGGAGACUAUCUCAUGCUCCACAUCGAACAAGGGAAGAUCGGUGUGACGUUUAACAUCGGCACAAUGGACAUCAGUGUGAGAGAGAGCAGCACCCCUGUGAAUGACGGGAAGUACCAUGUGGUGCGGUUCACCAGGAAUGGGGGCAACGCCACCCUCCAGGUGGACAACUGGUCCAUCAACGAACACUUCCCAGGAGCGACAACCGAUAAUGAACGCCUUGAAAUUGCCACUAAGAAAUUCCCAUUGAAAUACGCCCGGCCAGUAGUGGACUGGCUACAAGAGAAAGGUCGGCAGCUAACGAUAUUCAACACGCAGGCCACAGUCACCAUCGGUGGCAGCGACCGCAGUCGGCCCUUCCAGGGUCAGCUGUCCGGCCUCUACUACAACGGCCUCAAGGUCCUCAACAUGGCUGCCGAGGGCAACCCCAACAUCAAGAUCAACGGCAGUGUCCGAUUGGUAGGCGACGUGCCCUCUGUGGCCGGGUCGGCUCGCACCACCGCCCAGCCCCCCGAGAUGUCCACCACCUUUAUUGAGACCACCACCACCAUGUCCACCACCACCACCCGCAAGCACCGCUCCUCUCCCACCAUACAGCAGACAACGGAUGACAUCGUGUCGUCGGCAGAGUGUUCGAGUGAUGACGAGGACCUGGAGGAGUGCGACUCUGGCCAUGCAGGAGGUGAAUUAGUGAUCCCAGUACUCUUAGAGGAACCGUUAGUGCUGCCCCCUGUAGCUACUCGUGCACCCUCCAUCCCCCUUCCCCCAACCCUCCGCCCACCCCUCACCAUUAUUGAGACCACCAAAGAGUCCCUGUCCACGGCCACUGAGGCGGGGGUACCUUGCUUGUCGGAUCGAGGCAGCGAUGAUUGUGAUGAUGAUGAUGAUGAUGGCUUGGUGAUAUCGGGGUAUGGCUCAGGGGAAGCGUUCAACUCUAACCUGCCCCCUACUGAUGAUGAAGAUUUUUACACCACCUUCUCCUUGGUAACAGAUAAGACCUUGUCCACGUCGGCCUUUGAAGGUGGCUACAAAGUUCAUGCGCCCAAGUGGGAAACCAAGGACUUUAGCUCUAACAAACCGUCCUCAGAACGCGGUAGGACUACCACUACCGCUGCGCUGCCGCUAGCCCCCGACCAGAGCCGCUACACCUCCACCGCAACCCUGCACCACACGCCACCCGCCAAGCUGCCUGCCGGCAAAAUGAAUAACCGCGAGCUAAAACCCCAGCCUGACGUAGUGUUGCUCCCGUUGCCCACACUACCCUAUGAGGUAGACAGCACCAAGCAGAGGGCUCCUGUAAUAACCUCCCCCAUGUUCCGUAAUGUACCCACAGCCCUGCCCACCCAGCCCGGCGUCAACCGAGUCCCGGGACCCCCGGAAGUGUCCCGCCAGUCUAGCAGCACCACCGGGAUGGUCGUCGGGAUAGUGGCGGCCGCCGCCCUGUGCAUCCUCAUCCUCCUGUACGCCAUGUAUAAGUACAGGAACAGGGACGAGGGCUCCUACCAGGUGGAUGAGAGCAGGAAUUACAUCACCAACUCGGCCACGCAGAGCAAUGGAGCCGUCAUGAAGGACAAACAGCAGAGCUCAAAAGGCAGCAAAGUAAAACAGAAAAACAAGGACAAGGAGUAUUACGUGUGAGUGACGGACGUUGCGAGAUAAAAAAAAAAGAGAGAAAGCGAGGAAGAGAAAGGGAAAGAAAUAUAUAGAACUUUAUUUAACAGUUUACCUUCUAAGGAGCUGCGACGACGAAAGAUGGUAAAAAUGGAACUGUUACUUCAUGCUGUGCAGAGUGGUUGAACUAUGACAUGUUCUGUAAUAUAAAGCACACUUACUAUUGUAAGCAUACCGAGAAGGCUAAUAGCAACUUUAGUGACCUUACUCUUCUAUCUGGUCGGAGACGUAAUCAGUGUAGAACUACUUCACGGCUACUGCAUCAUUAUCCUAAGUGACUUUUAGAGCUAUGUGAUCCUUAACGUAAAUUCUAGUUUUUUUUUUUUUUUGUAAACCUGUACAAAAUGAAGAUAUUCAUAUAUCUUGACCAUUUCCAGCAUGUAAGCGACAUGUAGUGCUUAACAAGAGUGAGUGGGUCAGGAUAAAAAGGAUCAUUGUAAAGUCAAUGAAAAAAAUUGACUCCUGUCGUAAAAAGAUAUGACUAAUUUGUAUUGUUUAUACAUUAUAAACGUGUGGUGUCUUAAAACGUUUAAAAAAAACAAGUACUACUUUAUGUAUCAAAUGAAACCAAGUGAGCUCAAAUGGCUAAGGAUAGAUCUCUUAGGAUCUCUUCAGAUCUCAUAAUUCUGUCAUCUGAUCUCGACCUGAUUACUCUCAUUGUGUGACGGACGGACAGAGUGACUCUGACGUGAUCGUGGCGAGAAGUGGUUGGUUUUUCUUGUCUCGGUAAAAAGCAACUGAUUGUAAUGCAUGCCCAUCCUACUGCGACAGCCAAGUACAGUACAGUACAAUAUACAGUGUUCAACUUUGCUUGAGCAGUCCAGUUCUCACCAAGGCCAAACGUUAUACUACUUCAUCAUCAGGACUACACAACUCUUUUAAUUUUGUUCCCUAAAAACUUAAACAAAGAAAAUGUGAUUAUCCCUGACGACAAAAAGGACUAAUAUUGGUUUGCAGCCAGUGCUGGUUGUAUCUUUUGCAGGCCUCUGUGUGUUGGUUCAUCGCCUCUUGUUCUAUUUUCUAUGGAGCUGUCCCAUUGAGGACAGAAUGCAGUACUAUAACACUGUUAAAGAUGUCUAUACAGAAAUAAAUCUAACGUGAAAAGUGUGAAUUCUUGUCACAGUCAACUGUGUCAAACAAACAAUUUUGUUUACAUAUUUUAUUACAUUAUAGCCAUUGUACGUUGUAGGUACUAGAUGUUGUACAUACCAUCUAAGUUGUAAUUUUCUAGUACUUCUAUUGUACAGAAUGAUCAUAUGGUUUAUCACUGUAUUUCAUGAAGAAAAAUCCAUAACUGUUAACUGACAUGAAGAAAGACUUUGAAGCAUUGGGAACAUACACAUAUUUUGUAAAGAAAGGAGAAAACCUGUUAGGCUAGAGAUCUAAUCGCAGAUGUUUUUAAGUCGCAUGAAUAUUUGACCACUUGAAGUGUCAAUCAAAUACAAAACGCCCAAUCUUAAAUGUACCAAGGCUUUCUUGUUCUUCUGGGUUAUUUUAGUGUUAUUUCUAUUUUGAAAAAAUAAAGAGAAGCUAUAUUAAAGAAGAGUAUAACGGAUGGAUGCGGAGACGCAAUUCCGACAACCUCCUGAAACCCAGUGUGAUUCUUACCUCCAGGUCUGGACACUAACAAUCAUGUCAAAUCAUUCGCUUUUCAUAUUUGCUUUAUAUAUUUUUGAAUAUAGUUUCCAUAUAUUUUUUUCACCCUGAUUUAUAAUUCCCUUUAAUUUAUGAAUAUGUCCAGAUUGUUCAUAAUCAUUGACACUUUGAUUUUUCUGUCAUCUUUUGUUUCAUUUUUUGUUGUUGUUGAGGAUUUAGAUAUCAUUUUCUAUGAGUUUUCAUGUUUUUUUCAUACCCCCCCAGGAAUUGCAUUGCAAUAAAAUGUUCUUCCCAAACGUG